AAGACGCAAAGCUGCGGAGCUGGGCGAAAAGGUUUAAGUGAAUUGGAAAUAACACAUUUCAUAUGUUUGAAUGCAAUGUAUUUAGUCUGUAAACGCACCACAGGGAUGUGUGACUCUGUGACAAACACCACCGGAGCAGCCUCUCGCCUCCCAGCCGUCAUCCAGUGCUGAUCUGGGCGGAGGUUUUAGGGCUCUUAUUGAUUUUUACGCAUUCGGGACUGAUACGCAUUUUACUGUUGCCGAUCCUCCCCGGAAACUGCGUCGCAGGAGAAACUAGCAUGCCAGUAUAGAGUUAGGCGGACGCUGAGGAUAAAAGCCAGAAGCCAUGGGAGGCUCUGUGAGCCAGGUGUUCCGCUCUGGAUCCGCACUUCUCUCGCAUCGCGACGGCAAGCUUUCUAAAGCCACGGAGGAGACCAUCCAGACGCUGUUUGACAUCCUGCGCGCCAACCCGAAGGUAUCGCUGCAAACGCUAGAAAGCCUGCUUAUUCAAAUACCUAAGAACGAGAACAUUCUGGCUAUGCAUGAUGACUACGGCUAUAACAUCCUGCAGCGCAGCGUUGGCCUCAACCACAUCGAUCUCACUAAGUGGCUGCUGCACCGCCACCGGCCGGAUGUAAACCGCUCACCGUGCUCCCUGCCGCUGCAUAUUGCUACCCUGCGUGGUUAUGAAGAGUGCGUGGAACUGCUACUGCGACACGGCGCACGAAUCGACGUGGACACCAGGAUGUGUUUUCCCGGCGCGCAUACCCGUAACUGCGAGGAGAGCGGCAAGUGGCAUAAUAAUGUCGACGACGUAAGCGAGCGGCUAAACACUAAGCUGCAAAACGCCCUCUACUAUGCCAUCGACGGAGAUCAGUAUAAUGUGCUCAGCCUGCUCACUCAGAAGAUGGAAGAGCCAUGGAUUCCUUUCCGGGUAAAGAAGCCACUGUUGCACUUAGCCUGCGAACGAGGUGCCUGGAAUUGCGUCCAGCAGCUAGUAGUCACACGUUCGGAGGAAAUUAAUCUCAUCAUGGACGAGUAUUACCCGAUUCAUCAUGCUGUUCUCCACGACGGUCGGUUCCUCGAGCUACUCAUCCACCAAGGCGCCAUUACAACUGUUAGGACUUGCACUCAACAAAUGACCCUGCUGCACGUUGUUAUAUUUGCCGCUCGGAAGUCGGCUGACGACACGCUGGCCACUCUUCGCAUCCUGCUUGAACGCGGCUGUAAAGAGCUAAUCAAUGCCCCUGACUCACUGGGAAACACACCGUUGCACGCCUUAAUUGUGCGUUAUGCUCUCGAAGAAGCUCGGUAUGGCUAUGACAAGUGGAGCAAAUGGGACGUCCUGCACUUAGUACGGUUCCUGCUGCAAAACGGUGCCAAGCAGUCGAUUAACCAGGCCGGUAACAGUGCCAUGGCUUGUGUGUUUCGACAUCUACGAGACUGGGAGGUCUGCUACGAGCUCCUUAACAUGCUUAUCAAGGAGAAUGGUGAUCCCAACAUCGUGGGAAGAGAUGGAUCUGUGCCCAUUAUGGUACUGCUAGUGCCAUUAAUUAAUAAGGAUCACUUGCAUCAUUUCACUCACUCCAUGAAGGUCUGCUAUCUGAACUGCAUACGCAUGCUGCUGCAGCACGGAGCCAAUCCUAAUUGCUCCUAUCGCGCCAACCUCAAGCCGCUCCACGUGCUUGUGUUCACGGUGAGCGAAAAUUUUACGCUUAACUGCGAUGCUCAAAAGCGCACAAACUUCGACUUCAUCAAGAACAUCCUUCUGAUGCUGCUGCAGCACGGGCUGGACUGCAAUAAGACAUAUCAGCACAUUCUUCAAGCGGUGAUGGAUAUGGUGCAUAAUGUGCGCACAUGCCACGACAUGGAGUGCGUCUACGAGCUGACUUUGACGCUAAUUCAGUACGGGGCCGAUCCCAAUAUUGUCCUUAGCGGAAAGACGACGCCUGGUACCGCCAUAUUCUCCAACGAGCUAGCUACUUUUCGCAGUUCGUUCCGCACAAACUCGUGCUACCUUCUCUUUUACUACAUUAUUUUGAUAACGAAGAAGGAGUUUAUCCUAAACGAUCCGCACGCGACAUAUACGCGCGUUAUACACCUCUUCUACCUGACCAUGCAGCAUGAGCCGCUUUUCAAUUGCCUCAAGGCGUUGCACAACUUUUACGUUGCUCAGGUGCCCAGCAAAAAAACGGAGCAAUUGAUAGCCCUGAUCUCAUCGCUCUAUCGUCGUCCACGCAGUCUGAAGCAGCUGUCCCGCUGGGCCAUUUAUGAAGCGAUGAACCGUAAGCUGGCCCAGAACAUCAACCGUCUGAACCUGCCUGGCCCGCUUAAAGACUACGUGCUGCAGUUUGAAAGGUAGCGAGUAGAGCGGCCCAAGGACCAAUGAAUCCCAACCGCAGCGAACUAGAGUCAAUCACUAAUGUUGCCCCUAGGCUAUGUACUGUUUAUUAUGCAUAUUCGCCUACCCCAGUAGGUAUGUAGUCACGCAAUAAUUACGAACUAUCAGGCCUGUUCUGGUUUACCUUAUCACAGCUUAAAUAUCAGUUCAUUAGAUUGCUGGUUUUCUGUCGGUAUAAAAAUUAAAAGAUUUUUACCAUUUUUGUUGUAACAUCUUAUUAGAUCGCUAAAUUCCUUGAUUUAGGAUCAAAAGAUACAAGUUCGAACCGGAACAGGUCCGUAUAUGAUAUGGAAACGCUUAAACGUACCUAUACACAACAGUAAACAUACAAGAGAAGCCAAUUUAAAUAUUGUCAAAUCAAACACGUGCAAUUUCUUUGAUACGAAUCUAUUGAUACUAUUGUGAGGGAGGAACGCUCAUCUAUGUUUUGUAAUUCUAUACGUACAAUUUUGUGAACUGUAAUGCGCUUUACACUAUACAAGCACGUCCCGCCCUUGCACCUUCCGCCCUUCAUCUUUCCUAAAACCUCUCAUGCUGGAUAAGUUAUAGGACAUAAACUUAAGGCUGUUUUUUGACGAACAUUUCGGGUGUUUUAGAGUUUUGUAUAUUCGAACGCAAUCGGAAGAGAGAGUCGUAUUGUAAUUAUUAUUGUAAUUAUUAUUAUUGUUGCUAAACCGUUGUUAAUCUCUGUAUCUAUAAUGUCAUUUUCAAUCGAAUUGAUAACGCUAUCGAUCAAUAAAUAAACAUGAACUUUCA